AUGAAUACCGACGAGUUACCAGCACGGCUAUUCCAAGUGGUAGAGAAGGUUGUGUUGCCAGCGUCGCAGACCGUGCGGCCAGAGAAGUAUGCCAUCUAUGAAGAUUGCGAUUUGUGGGAGAAUCGGAUGAGGACAUAUAUUGAGUUGCUCGAUGAGGGGAGUCGCCCAGCCACUAUCCUACUCUUCCUGGAUUAUGAAGUGCUGACAGUAGCGAGGGUGGCAAACAUAACGUCAACUUUAACAACGGUCACGAUCCUCGAUCGUCUACGGCGAGAAUUUGGACGAACUUUGACGCCGUGGGUCGCCCGAAAAUUAAUAAAGUACAGGCGCCAGAUGGCAGGAGAGUCAGUCGGCCAAUACCAGCGCCACCUAUGCGCAUUUGCCUGCACAGCAUACGUAGAUGCGAGUUUUGGGGAGCUGUUAUCGAGGAUCCUAAAGAUCUUCAUCGAUGGCGUAGCUACUUCUGAGGUGAAGCCCAAUUCGCACGUGGCCACCCAGCAUUCAUCAAGUUGGACCCCGAAUUCGCCAGACAAGAGGAAUCUGGCUUCAUUGCCGGGCCACAAUCCGAAGGGGCCCCAUCGAUGUUCUUCGAUCCCCGACCAACAGCCUUUCUGCUCAUAG